UGCAGCUAUCCUUUUUAUUCAGGUCCCGGGCACAAUUCAAAGUCUGAGGAGCAUCAAAGAGGCUGCACAGCGCCGCUCCCUAGAUCAUUCUUGUCCCAACUUCAACAGGACCUUGAUGAUCCCCAAAUACUUGGAGCCUUCAACAUAAAGCAUGAGGAGGAGAGGAACAAGAGAGUGCAAGACAUUAAAGAAAUGCAGAGGGAGGAGCAAUGGGCAAGAUUCCAGCAAGAUGUCAUCCACCCUUACAUAACUGGCCUGGAAAAACACCUUCACAGAAGGUUUCACUGGCUGGACAUUCUUGGGGCUUUUAGUGUCUUGGGACCACAAUCGGCUGUCCCACAAGAUAACAGAGACAUUGCUAAUCUGCAGAUUCUGGCCAGGAAAUUUUUCCCUCAACAUGAGAAGGAGGUCCUGCAAGAAUGGCUCUCAUUUAAGAAUCAUGCUCUCAUUGGGGCAUUUAAAGUAGGUAAUGAUUUCGAGACUGCAAAUCUAUUGGGGUCUAAGAAGGGAAUUCAGAAAUUGGGGGGUAUAUAUUUUACUUUGAGAAAUUUCCCACCACAAUUUAAUUCAUCUUUAGCAAACGUACAUUUAUGUGCACUUUUACAUUCCCAGGACAUUAAAACAUAUGGAUUUGGUGCAAUAUUGGAACCUAAUGUCAAUGACAUAAAAAUACUUGAGACCAAGGGAAUAAAAGGUCUUGGUGGUUCUGUGCGUGGCAGCAUUGUCCAAGUAACAGGAGACAAUCUCGGUCUGCAUUGCCUUUUUGUAUAUCUUGAAUCUUUUAGAGCUCGAUAUUGCUGUAGGUUUUCCCUAAACAAAAACAAAGAUUAUCAAAACACUUGGAACACUGUGAAGCUAUACAAUCAGACCCUACACUAACUCAUAUUUUUGGUGUAAAACCCACAUGUUUGUUAAACACUCUGCAGUACUUCCGUGUGAUGGACAACCUUUCUGUAGACAUAAUGCAUGAUGUUUUAGAGGGAGUUGCGCAGUUUGAGUACUUGUUUUGCGUUAUGGGAGUUUUUUGAAAAGAGUUAUAUGGCAGAUUUCAGUCAUUUAACCAUGGGUACAUGGAGAGGAGAAAUCGACCUCCUGCUGUAAAACUGGAUGAUCAGAGCAAUGAUUUGCACAUAAACCCAAUCCACUCUACUCCAGAAUGUACCACUAAUAUGUGGAGACAUUGUGCCCCAAGAUGAUGAAUCCUGGCAGCUACUAUUACUUUUACUGCAAAUAUUAAACAUUGCUUUUUCUUCCUUUCUACAAGAGGGCCUUACAGUUUACUUAAAACAAUUGAUUGCUGAACAUCAUAGGCUGUUCAAGUGCUUAUUUCCAGAAAAGAAAUUGCUGCCUAAACAUCCUUUUCUGACUCACUAUCCACGAUGUAUACGAAAUAUUGGGCCGAUUGUUCACUUGUGGUCCAUGCGAUAUAAGUCCAAACACAAUUUCUUCAAGAUAAUGUUUCAAGAACAUCAACCAGAUACUUGCAAAAAACAUCAAAAUUACAUGGCAUAUAACUAGGAGACCUUCAACCAAGAGAGAAUAGUACUUGGAAAGACUGUCUCUCUCAGUGACUUGAAUGAAACUUUUCAGAUUGCAUCCAAGUUGAACGUUCCACC